CUCCUGUUCACCAUCUAUCCUUCGCAGACUCUCCUCUGCCAGUAGAAACGACUGGAUUUUCGUGAAACAACUGCGUUUUCAGGUUAGCAGCACGCUAGCGGGCCGUUGUCAGCCAGGACCCAGAGAAGCAGAAUCAUCAUCAAUGGUGUGUCUACAUCCCGGAGCCGACACAUUGUCCUGUGUGCGCUCAAUGAACCACCUCCUCAGCACUCAUCACGGCUGUACAUGUAUGGCGUUUGCGAAGCUCGGAGGGGAGUUUUGCCAAGCCCAGUACCUGCUGCUUAUUGUGGACAAGUGAAGAGGAGACGCCAGCCAGGCGUAAACACUGCCGUCGACGUGCACAGGUGUGUCAAAGCUGGUCCUUACUGCCAUCCUGUUGAAACCAUAUGAAGACGAGCCAACCUUCAGCCUGUCACCUGUCCUGGGGAGUGGGAGAGGCUUUGGGUUGAACCCAGGAGUUUCCUCACAGCUCUUCUCCUUUUUCUGCUUCUUCCCUGAUACGGCCAAAUCUUCUCUGAAUGGGCUAGCGGAUUUGAAAGGAAGGAAGGACAGAUCUUUUUUUUCUGUCCUCAUUUGACUUUUUUCUUUCUUUCUGAACUUUGGUGGUCCGCUGCAGUCUUUUUGAUUCCAAUCUGCUAGAGUUUCAUAUUUAUUUUUAACAGAGUAAAUUGUUGUUAUUUCUUUAUUGCCAAGAAAGGUUUAAACCCCCUCAUAUUUCUAUCCCAGGAAACUUGUAUUGUCUUCAGUUUAUUUAUUUAUUUAAAGAGUAGUUACAGUCUUUGUGCCCAGAAUUCAUACGGAUGCAUUAGUUAGGAAAAUUAUUGGCAAAGGGGGUUUGCUUCUUUAUUUUUUUUUAGCUAAACAAUCAAAAUACUAUCCUUUUGAUUUGUUUGAAGACUGGCUUUUAUUUCAUUAUUUAUUUCUCUUCUCAAUUAUAAGCACAGAACUGUUCUCACAUUUCCCCCCCUGUAUCAAUAAACCUCUCGAGGGUCUAAAAAUGAACCGACCGGCUCCGGUGGAGAUCUCUUAUGACUGCCUGAGAUUUCUCAUUACACACAACCCCACCAAUGCGCAACUCGGAAGGUUUAUAGAGGAUCUGAAGGCAUAUGGAGUAAACACCCUGGUGAGAGUGUGUGCUGCCACAUAUGACAAGACACCUGUGGAGCAAGAAGGUAUUCAAGUCCUGGAUUGGCCGUUUGACGAUGGCUCCGCCCCCCCAGAACAGCUGGUUGAUGAUUGGCUGAACCUACUGCAGACAAAGUUCAGAGAUGAGCCGGGCAGCUGCGUGGCCGUGCACUGCGUUGCUGGAUUAGGAAGAGCUCCUGUGUUGGUGGCCCUGGCUCUCAUUGAGUGUGGGAUGGAGUAUGAAGAUGCUGUGCACUUCAUAAGGCUGAAGCGGCGCGGAGCGUUCAACUCCAAGCAGCUGCUCUACCUGGAGAAAUACAAGGCUAAACUGUGUCUGCGCUCCAAAGACGCCAACGGCCAGAGCUGCUCUGUACAGUAGGAUCUACAUCUCCACGCAGCUUCAUAGGAGACUCACCGCUUGAUGUUCAAUGGAGAUGGCAUUUUAAAUGUUUGGUAUGAAUAAGGCCUUUGAAAUUCAAUCAAAAUGUCAUGUAUUUACCAAAAUUAAAGGGACCUAAUGUGAAAUUUUCUGAAAAUCCUUUGAAAACUUAACACAAAAUGAGUAAGCAUAACAUUUUUAUUUGUCAACGUUUUUAUUUAUUUUCCUGUCUGUGACCCCCCCUUCAUAUGUAGCCCCCCCACCCCCACCCCACCCCACACACAAAUACAUAGCCCAUUACAGCGAGACCCCACACAGACUUAAUUUGAACAGUCACUGUUAUUUCGUUAAAAACACUUUAACACAUGCAGCUGCAACAAAUGCUGUCGAUGUUAAAGGAAUACUUGUGAAAGGAUGUUUCAGGAAUACUUCAACACAAAAGGAACAUCUGUAUGUAAGUCACCCUCAGUUUAUUCCUCUGUGCCUCCACAGUGAUCCAUGGAUCACGAAACGCAGGAAAUGAAAUGGGGGGGGGACAUCAGUUCACCAACUGUAUGCAGGCCAUGAUACUUUGGUUCUGCUGCACAUGUUGUGAGAGUUCAAUAACGGAUGUUGUGAUGUAGUUUACCUUGGUCCAUCGAGAGUUUCCUCCGAUUCUUUGUUUGUUGUAUAAAUCAAAGAAGUCGUUUCGGUGGUGAAGUAUUCCUUGAACAGACUUUGAUUUUUUAAAUUAACUUUGACAUUGGGGGCCAGACAUGGAACAGUCCGUCAGUAUUGUGACGUUGAAUCUGGUCCGCUGGUCUCUCAGAGGCCUGCUGGUUUAUUGCAAAUCAAUCCAUGCAGUGGUUCAGACUGAUUUUGUUUAUUCCAAUAUUUCUCCCUCGACCAAAUCAAAGCCCUGGAAAGGUGACGGAGAACUGGGACCAGUCAGAAAGCGUCCACCAUUAAAGGCGAGUUCUACACGUGAUGUCCCCAUCUGCCCCGUCUGCUAUGUGUCCCAUGUCAGAGGCCUAGUGCUUUGUUAUAUAUAUAUAUAUAUAUACACACCACAGCUCCGUACCUAUUAGCUACCUGGCUAGCUGCUGUGCUUAGUAAGAAGCUGUUGAGUCCUCGUGAUGUUAUUUUUUUCUCGUGAUGUUUUUUUGGGAUGAAAUGUCAAGUAGUCUUGUUGAACAAUUAAAGUGUUUAGUGAUUGUU